CAGAAGCUCCUCAAAACUCAAAAACAUCACGCACUUCGCUUCACCCGGUAUCCGUGCCUCAAUUUCUCGUCAGCGGGGCCCAUUCAAAGCGUGGGUAUCGAUUGAGGGACGGGAACCCGAGCCCGCCUUCUUUAUUCUCUCCUCCGACCUCUCGAAACACCCAAAAAAAUCUCGAGACUCGCCGCUCCAGAAAACCCUAACCCUAAGCACCAAAUCAAAACAAGAGUUUUUUCGUAAGAGACUCGGGGAUGGAUGUGAACAAAGCUCCUGAAGAAGAGCAGCAGAUGAAGGCUGAGGAUAAAGAGAAGCAAACGGUUGAGUUUGAUCCUAGUCGAAUGAUCGGCAUAAUCAAAAGGAAAGCACUGAUAAAAGAUCUUGCUGCUGCCUACCAUGCUGAGUGCGUGUCCUACUGUAAAGAACUUCUACAGCUUCAAAAAAAUUGGGAAAAGCAGCAGCAGUAUGCAGAAAGAAGAAUUCGAGACGGUUCGGAAAAGCAGAGGACGAGGCCCUCCAAACGCCAAAAGAAGGGGCUUUAGAAAUAAUGUUUCAGUUCUUUAGUGUUAAUUUCUUCACUCAAACGGUCCUCUUGAGGGUAAAACAGCAGAGACAAAGCUUGUCAUAGUUGUUACGAAGAAACCAAUUUGUAAUUCUAGCUUCGUUUGAUCCAAGUUUAUAUUGGUGGUAAAACUUUCGUUUGUUGCAUGUAGCAUGUGCAGCUCGUGCUUGAAACUGAAAUUGGACGUCUACAGGACUCUAAUUACUAAACACAGCUUCCAAGGUUCUGCC